AUGGCCAAUGGCGCCGAACCAGUCGCCAUCGAGACGCUCGUCGCGCCGUCGAAUUAUACGCUCAAGAUGGAUUUGCGGUUGAUUCCUAUACUGGGAUGUACAUAUACCGUUUUGUUCCUCGACCGGACGAACAUUGCAAAUGCACGCAUCGAAGGCCUGGAAAAAGGCCUCAAUAUGCCUCCGCAGGGUUACAACACGUGCAUAUGGAUCUUCUUCAUUCCCUUUGUGCUGAUAGAGAUCCCAUCAAACAUGAUCAUGGGCCUACCGCGCGUGAAACCGAAUGUCUUCCUGGGACUCAAUAUGUUGAUCCUCGGUGUCGUGGCCAUGUGUCAGGGGUUGACACAUAGUUAUGGGGGACUGUUGGCGCUGAGGUUUCUGAUGGGGAUUUUCGAGGCGACUUUGCCUGCUGGUGCGGCGUUCUUGAUUGGAGAGUAUUAUACGAGGAAAGAGGCUGCGUUGCGAUUUGCCUGCUUCUUCACCUUCGGCGUGCUGGGUCCUUGUGUCAGCGGUCUACUUGCCUACGGACUUCGAAACAUGCACGGAAUAGCCGGAAAAGAAGGCUGGAGAUGGAUCUUCAUCAUCGAAGGCCUCUUCACAAUCUUCAUCUCCUUCUUCGUCUUCCUCCUCGUCCCGGACUUCCCCGAGAAGACCAAAAUCCUCUCCCCAAAGGAAAAAGCCCACCUCCUCCAGAAACUGCGCCUCGACAAAGGCGACCAGAAACUCGACCUCAAAUCCGUAAACUGGUUCAAAGUCCUCUCUGACUACAAGAUUUGGUUCCCCACACUAAUGUUCUUCUGCUGCGACAUGACCGCGGCCUCGAUAUCCUCGUUCCUCCCGACCAUCCUGACCGAACUGGGCUACCGCGCCGCCAUGGCCCAAGUCCUCAGCAUCCCCAUCUGGCUCACAGGCAUCCUCUUCCAAGUGACGGGCGGCUUCCUCUCGAGCCGCACAGGCCGACGCUUCCCCUUCGUCCUCGCGGGCAUCGCCUUCGUCCUCGUCGGCUGGAUCAUCCAACUCGUCUACAGCACCCACCGCGGCUCCGGCUCCGGCGUCGGCGUAGGGGUCCGCUACUUCAGCCUCUUCGCCAUGAGCGGCGGCACGUUCCUGCAGAUGAGCAUGACGACGGCGUGGAUGACGAAUAACCUGCGCGGCAGGGCGAGUGCGGCCGUGGGCACGGCAAUUAUUCUUGGCCUAGGAAACUGUGCCAACUUCGUCGCGGCGAAUGUGUUUUUGAAGACGGAGGCGCCGUUUUAUAAAACCGGGUUUGCGACCGGGUUGGGGGUUACGGUGUUGGGGGCUGUGGCGUGUUUGGUGUUUGUGGGGUUGCUUUGGGGGCAUAAUAGGAGGGUGAGGGCGAGGAGGGAGAGGAGGGGGCAGGAAGGCGUCGGUGAGGUGGAUGAUCAGGUGGAGUAUCUUUAUCAGUAUUAG